GACAAGAAAAAGAGGAAGGAGUAGUACAGAGCAGCAUUUUCUUUCUUCCUCUCUCUCUCUUCAUAUGUUUUGUCUGUACUUGAUAUUCUGUAAAGAAACUCUAUUUUAUUAAAAGCCCUUUAUCCCACUCGGUGAGCGCGUGGAAGAUACCUGCUAGAGAGAGAGAAGCAGAUUUGGGUACAUCUUCUUUAAUCUCCGGCGGCAUCUUCUACGGCUGAGUUUCUGACGUACUCCAGCUACCUCCUAACAGUUGUACAGGUCUUCUCUUCCUUCCCCUAUGUGCUGAAAAAAGUAUCUGAGUCUUCUGAUCUCCACUUUUCUAAAGCUUUCGCCUUUUUUCACAUUUUUUUUUCUUGUUUGCCUUUGAUCUCUUCUUACUAGGAAUAGAUUCUUCUGAUCUUUACCUUUUUACUCUUCUCUCUGCACCGAUUAGCUUCUUCUUCUUCUUCUUCCUCUCUCUUGUCUGUUUCCUGCAUCGAAAAAUUACAGUUUUUUUUUUGUCUUUCCAAUUUUUCUGAUUGUUUUUUUUUUUUUUACUCAUCUCCUGUUUGUUAUAAAAGUUGUCGCAUUUAUUAAUGCUUGUGACUUCUUUCUGGGGUGGGUCACAUUUUGAGUGUCUAUAUAUCUAUAUGGUAUGAGAGUUCAUAGAGAUUACUAGAGAGUUCUAUGAUCUACCGCUGAUUUGCUGCAAUCUGGUUAAUUUCAGAUCCAGUGUGCCUGAGGACUCAGUUUCCUUCUGAAAUUGAUCACAAAAGGGGACCAAAAAUGAAUGAGCUCCGAGGCAGAAAGGUUCAAAAGAUUGAAAGUCCAGUUCCUGGAUGCUUAGGGAGGAUGGUUAACCUAUUUGAUCUCGGAACAGCUGUUAACGGGAACAAGAUGCUUACAGAUAAACCUCAUCGUGAUGGAUCCUCUCUGUCAAGGAGCCGAUCUGAUGUCUCUCGAAUGCCAAUCCCCUCCUAUAAAGGCCACUCAGAACCUGAAUUGAUUAUGUCUGAUUUAAGGAGAACUGCUUCUAGCAAAGCAAGUGGUACACCUAUGAAGAAACUCAUUGCUCGAGAAAUGUCAAAAGAGGUCGAACCUAAGCAGAGCCCUACUAACGUGGUUGCGAAGUUAAUGGGUUUGGAGACGCUUCCCCAGACCGCUACACAGCGAAGCAAAUCCAGAGGCUAUUCACAAUCUUCUAUGGAUGAUGAGAUCCAAAAGUAUCAGGAGCUCAGCAGAGAAUAUAAAGAUGUGUAUGAAACGUGGCAGUUGCCUCAGAAGGUGAGCUCUUCAAGGGAUAGCUCGCCUAGAAAAGGAAGAUAUGAUGAAAGCGCAACAGAGAAACUCGUUCGUCAAAAGUUUGCAGAUGCGAAACGACUUGUUACUGAUGACAGUCUUCACCAAUCCAAAGAGUUCCAAGAGGCUCUCGAAGUUUUGAGCUCCAACAAGGAUUUGUUUGUUAAGUUGCUCCAGGAAUCAAAUUCUUUCUCUCAGCAAACUGUUCCUACUCAUCAGUCAGAGGCGAAACGCAUCACAGUGUUGAGACCUUCAAAGGCUGUUGAGACUGAGAGAUUUGUGGUUCAAGGGAGGAAGAACAAGCAGGUUAAGAAAGUGGCUUCUUCAUCAAGUGGAUGGGGAAACCGUGGAAACGAGGAAAGAACUGUACAACAGCCAACACGUAUUGUUGUCUUGAAGCCUAGUCCAGGGAAGACUCUAGAUACGAAAGGUGUUUCAUCAUCCCCAUCCACUCCGAGAGGUGUACCUAGUGAAGGCUAUUUUGAUGAUGUUGAUCAGUCUAAAGAAGUGGCAAAGGAGAUAAUGCAACAAGUGCGUGAGAAUCUGAUGUGUCACCACCGCAGGAAUGAGACUCAGUGCUCAUCUGUCUUGUCUAAUGGUUAUAUUGGUGAUGACAGCUCCUUUAACAAAUCUGAUAACGAAGAUCCAGUGGGUAACCUUAGUGAUUCCGAGAUCAUGUCACCAUGGGACUGUGCUAACAGGUUUGAAAGUCCUUUCUCUCCUUCCUCUUUCAGCCGAGCUUCAUUUUCUCCGGAGUCAUCUGUCUGCAGAGAGGCUAAGAAGCGACUUUCUGAAAGAUGGGCGUUGAUGUCAGUAACCAGAGGCAGCACUCAGCCGCAUAAACACGUACCGAGAAGCUCCAGCACCUUGGGGGAAAUGCUUGCACUCUCAGAGACCAAAGUGACUACUGGAUCCUACGGAGAUAGUGAUGAGAUAGUACCGGAGACAAGGGUGUCAACAUCGUGUAUAAACACUCAUCUGAAUCAAGUGGAAAUGGGUAGUGAUUCUCUGAAUGUCCUUGCAAGGUCAAAAUCAGUCUCUGACGCUUCCAAAGCACAGCUUCCACAAGAGCUCACUGAUACGGGAAGCUUGAAGUCGUCUUGGAAAGUUUCUAACUUGUUCUCAUUCAAGAAUAAGAAAGCAAGCAAGGAGAAGAGAGAUGCAACGCCUUCUUCAGUGACACUUCCCAGCGAAGAAUGUCUCCCUCCUCGUGCAUUACAACAGCAAAGCAUAAUCCCAGGCGAGGAGGAACUGACUACACCUAGGCCCCUAGAAGCUGGGAAUACAAGUGAGAAACAGGACGAACCAAGUCCAGUUUCGGUUUUGUUUCCUCCAUUUGAAGAGGAUCCAGAAUGUUCCACGUCAAGCAAGCUAGGAGAGGAAAUGUCUCUUAAGUCUAAUCUAAUUGACAAAUCACCACCAAUCGGAUCAAUUUCUCGGAUUCUCUCAUGGGAUGAUGACUCUUGCACUGACAACAUAUCUAAACCCGCAAUGAGAGGAGUCCAUGAGGAUGAAGACUGGUUCUUAUUCAUAGAAACAAUAUUGACAGCUGCUGGUUUCAGCAAGGGUUGCACCCUCUCUCAUGACACGGUUAUGCCAAACAGCCCAUUAGACCCUUCACUCAGAGAGAAAUACACCAACCUAGAUAACAACAACAUCAAGGAGUUCGUUAACGAAGGAAAACGCAGACAACACAGGUCAACUCGUAAGCUCAUUUUCGACUGCAUUAACUCCAUGGUUUCAGAAACAACGACUACACGCAUGGGCAAAGAUUCUCCGCCUUUAGACUUGGUGGAGCAUGUCUGGUCCCAGGUAAAGGACUGGCUUUCAGAUGAGUAUGUAGAGGACAUGGACGCAAACAGUGUGGCUGCAGAGAGUCUAGUGAAGGAGGAGAUCGUUGGGAGGAGAUGGAUGAAUAGCUUUCAAGGUGAAAUAAACGACCUUGGGAUUGGUAUUGAAAAGGCAUUGUUGCAGGAGCUCGUAGAGGAAGCCGUUCUAGAUUUUACACAAUGAGAGGAGAGGAGAACAAGUAACUACUACAUUGAAUAAAAAUGUAAGAUAAGUGUAGUUUUGUCUUAUGGGAAGAUUUGUGUCCAUUUUUUUUUGUAAUGAUUUGAGAGAGAACUAAAUGCUAAAGCAGACUAAUAAUCACUUGAUCCCAUUUUAAA